UGUUAGAAUCUUGUGUGUCAUUCACCUUGUCUCCAUCCCCUCUUCUCCCUCUUGUUCCUAUCAUCUUCAUGUUUGUUUCGUUUCUCUCUCAUCAUGCCUGAACCUCACACAUCAAUGGGCGGCGGCGGAGGCGGACUCAAUAAGCCUUGUAUUCUUCUCAUCAUUAUAUCUGGUGUGGAGAGAUUCGCAUUCAAAGGGGUGGCCUCGAAUCUGGUCACGUAUCUCACCGAUGUAAUUGAGAUGAAGAAUUCUUCCGCAGCCAAAUUCGUCAACAGCUGGGUCGGAUUCACCUCCAUGCUCCCCUUGAUCGUGUCCAUGCUUGCCGAUUCCUAUUGCGAUAAAUACUCCACCAUUCUCGCCUCCUCCCUCCUCUACGCCGCCGGGCUAUUAGCUUUGACAUCAACAGCAGUGACAUGGCCUUGGGCACAUUCAAACAAGGUGCAUUCAGUCUCAUCUCUGUGCUUGUCUCUGUAUCUCAUCUCUGUGGGGCAGGGAGGCUACAACCCUUCACUGCAGGCGUUCGGGGCCGAGCAGCUGGAGGCGACGUACGAGGCUCUUCCUGUUACGGGCGCGGAAGAGGGGAAGGGGUCGGACGGGAAGAGCUGGUUCUUCCAGUGGUGGUACUUUGGGGUCUGCUGUGGCAGCCUGUUGGGUGUCUCGGUGAUGUCGUACAUUCAGGACACGUACGGGUGGGGGUUGGGGUUCGCCAUCCCAGCGCUGUCGAUGAUCGUGUCCAUUGUCAUGUUUCUGUGUGGCGCCCGGUUUUAUGUGCAGAAGCAGAGCAGGAUUGGGGAUGUGAGCGUGUUUGAGGUGGCUGUCCGGGCUGUUAAAGCAGGCCUGUCGAAGCUGAUCUGUGGCGGGAGUGGCUCGUUGAGGAAUGAGUAUGAGGUGGCUGAGCUUGAGCUUGAGGAGAAAGCAGGGCUGUGCAGCCAAGAUCAAGAAACGGGGAGCACGCGACAACAGGCAACCGACGAGCCUCUGCAGGCUCUGGAGGCUGCAAAGGUCGUCCUGCGCCUGCUUCCAGUGUGGACAAUGCUACUGAUGUUCGCGGUGAUCUUCCAACAACCCGCAACAUUCUUCACCAAGCAAGGCAUGACCAUGAGGAGGAACAUAGGAAAAAGCUUCAAGAUCCCUCCAGCCGCGCUACAAAGCUCGAUCACCAUCUCCAUCAUCAUCCUCAUGCCAUGGUACAACAAGCUCUUCAUCCCGUUGGUCCAGAGCCUGAGGCGCAGCAAGAAGGGAAUCUCCGUGAUGGAGAGGAUGGGGAUCGGGAUGUUCCUGUCCGUGGUGGCGAUGGUGAUAGCAGCCCUGACAGAGAGGUGGCGGCUGCACAUAUGCAAAGACUCGUGCGAGGAGGUGGCGUUGAGUAUAUUCUGGCUGCUUCCGCAAUACAUUCUUCUAGGAAUAUCGGAUAUAUUCACGGUGGUGGGAAUGCAGGAGUAUUUUUACUCAGAGGUGCCUACGAGUAUGAGGACGAUGGGGAUAGCGUUGUACACGAGCGUGUUCGGGGUGGGGAGCUUUGUGAGUGCGAUUUUAAUAUCGGUGAUCGAGCGGGUGACGAGUGGCGGGGGAGGGCGGGGGAGUUGGUUUUCUGAUGAUAUGGCUCAAGCUAGGCUUGAUAAGUACUAUUGGUUUUUGGCUUUUUGGAGUGCUUUUAGUUUGCUAGCUUUUCUUGUGUUUUGUAAGUUUUUUAAGAGGUGGUAGUAGGAUUCAAGGACUUGGAUUUGACAAUGAUUUCAGCUUAGAAAUAAAUGUUACAUUGUAAAUGACCCUUACCUACUUGAUUUGAUUCAAAUGAUUGCUUCUAGGUUUAGUGGAGUACAUAAUAUGGGAAGGACUAAAUUUAAAAUU